AUGGCGGUGCCGUCUGUAACUUCAGCGUCUAAGGACCCUGAUUGCUGCGCCCUCCUCUGCCAGCUGCGGGACUACGUCUACGCCUGCUGCCACCAGUUGGCGUUCUUAAAAUUGCAGUGUUCUCGGGAGCAGUCACAGGGUGGUUGGCAGGAUUGUCAUUAUGGCAGGAAUGUAUCAUCCCCCAACUCCCCUAUCCAGGCCUUCCUGACUGACGCCUCCACAUCCAAGUUCGAGACACAUCCCUUCGACCCGCGCAACAUCUGCCGCAAGAGCCGUGUCAACAUGGGAUUCACAAAGGAGGAUUUGCCUGCAACUCACGAAACUGGCAAGCAUAUUUCCACCAUCCUCUCUCCCACCUGCGGCGGGGAGGAUCCCCUGCUGACUUUGUCCUCCUACCUCAACUGCCUCACCAGGCGGACGCCGCGCACCACCGGGGAGCUUGUCUCAUUCUUCCACAAUUUCGGGAAUUCACUGCACAAGCCUCCAUCAGAGUUGUCUCCACUGGGCUCCGCCCUCUCCAAACGACAUGACGACUGCCCUGACUGGGAUUGUCUCAAGGACGCCGACCUCCAAGUCAUCAAGUACGUCCGGGGCUCCGACACUCUCAACUCCAACCACGACAAGGACCAUCCCAACACCCUGUCCACGCUGCUUGGCUGCAACAUCACCAAUGCCAACUGCACACAACUCAUGAAGCCCAUCACCUACCGGGCCUACGCCCUGUACUCUUCCAGCUUCGUCCACGACUACCUCAGCUGGACGGUGUAUCUACCAGACAGACUGUGGGAGUCACUGCUCAAGUUGCACUGCGAUCUCGAGAAGCUUCAAUGUCACGACUCCAAGGCCAAGCCUCUCCACCAGUGUGACAAGGCCCUGCCGCUCCUCUACAAGCACGGCAUCACCCCGCCGGACGGGACACUACAAUCACGAAUCUCCUGUUCCAAGGUCAUCACCAAGCUUGAGGCAGUGGUUGCAGGUGGGCCUAUCGCAAGGCUUAUGACCGCCAUGGACACAUUCCUCUACGGCAUCCGUGCCCCCUUCCUCUUCACCCUCGUCGCACUCUGGCUCACCGCCACGCUCUACAUCGCCCACUCACUCCUCUACCGCCUGGACGUUCUGCACAUCCGCUCGCACCUCCUCACCACCAGGGCCUCACACCUCAUCGACGUCAAGGCGCUGCUCGCCGGCAGCCGCAAGAUGCUCUCGCUCUACAAGGACGUCGACUACUUCGACGAUGACUUUCACUCAUGA